AUGUAUAAGUGUGGAGAGCAUGAUUGGGUUCCCUUUUCUGGCAUAUAUGGUUCCGUAGGAUAUGCACCUUUGAUGGUCUCCAGACAAUAUGGAUCCAGGCAGUUUAUUCCUGCGACAUCUGGUUUAUCUGAGUCAGAAUUUGCAAUCAGGAGUGAUCAAUACAAGGAAAAGAUUAGAAAAGUUGUUGAGGCCUGGAAAUGGAUUCAUCGAGUAAAUUUAUUUACUUUGAGUCAAAAGCUCUCACUCGAAUACGAACAAUGGAGAAUCAACUUAAUCAACGACAAAAUUCGAGUGGUUAAUUCCGAGAAUGUUCAACCCAUCAAAGAACAUUUGAGAAUUAUAAUGUCUCCCUUGAUGCUGACAAAACAAGAUUUCGAGAUCGAAAGAAAGCAUUGGAGAAAGACUAUGCAAAAGCUUGAAGAAAUUGAGAUAGAUAUACAUAAAGGGAGAGCAGAUCAAAUUGCUGAAGGAUCAAGCAAACAAGAGUCAACAGGAUUAAAAAGAAAAUCUGAAGAAGGUAAAGAGGAGCUCAAACAAAGAAAACACCAAACCAAGAUGCUUGCUAAAGAAAAGGAGGCAUUAGAGAAAAGAUUAUUGGAAAAUCAAGCACAAAACCAUAGACUAAAAAGCAAGAUUGAAGAGUUGGAAACUGCACUACAAAAUCAAGAAAGUAACUCGGAAGCUAAAAAUCUAAGGAAGCAAGUGAAUGAGCUAGAAACAAAAGUCCAAGAUCUUCAGAGAAGGGCGAAUCAACUCCCUAUUUUCCCGUACGAAGGAAUUUUGCAAUAG